AUGUUGCCACCAAACACGGGAAAUAAUGGUGAAACAUUGACAUCACUCAUUGGAAAAUCAAUUGCCACUCUUGUGGUCUUUUUAUCUGCUUGGUUUGGAGCUCUUCUUCCUUUUGCCAUCAAGAAAUUUAAAUGUUCAACCAUUUGCAACGAACACAUUCAAUCCAUCGUGUUGGCUCUCAUUAAUUGUCUUUCGGGUGGAUUUUUCAUUUCUGCAAGUUUUUAUCACAUUUUACCUUCAGCAGCUGAAAGUUUCAAACAAUUAAGUGUGAUUCUGAAUGGAAAUGGAAUUUCCAAGUAUUCUUCAUUUCCUUACAUGAUUGCAUCCUUAGGAUUUAUGAUUCCUCUAUUAAUUCAUAACACUUUGAAUGUAUUUACUGUAAAAGUAGUUAAAAGAGACAAGAGAAUCACAAGUUCUUUGAAUGAAGGUGAAAGUACACAUCUGAUCAAGUCACAUGAUGAACAACAAUCAACUUUGGAUUCAUUCAAUGAGGAUACUCAUGACAACACUCAAUCAACACAGAGAUUGGCCUCCUAUGUUCUCUCAACAGUAUUAUCAUGUCAGAGUAUUCUGAUUGGAAUUACUUCUGGUGUCAUUGUUGAUAUUGCUGAUGCCUAUGUGUUAAUAUGUACAAUGAUCUUACACAAAUGGGUGGCUGCAUUUUCAAUUUCUGUGCAAUCUAUGAGAGCAAAUAUGAAAUUUUGGAAUCGAAUCAUUCCAACCAUGCUCAUAUUCUCAACCAUGACACCUCUUGGAAUAUUUAUUGGAAUUUUAUUGGUGAGAUUUGUAAAGGAUAGGAUUAUCUUUUUAGUGCUUGGAAUUAUUUUCAAGGGAUUAGGUUCAGGAUUUUUCAUUUAUGUUUCCACAAUGAUUAUUUUGAGAAGUGAACUCACUCAAAGUGGAUCCAAUUCUUGUCAUGGUAAGACGAGUUCUAGAAUGGAGACUGUCGUGACAAUGACCAAUACUGAGAGGAAUGUAUUCCUUUUGAAGUUGGUGUUUGUGGUCCUUGGUUAUUUAAUCAUGACCAUUCCUUACUCAACGAUCGGAAAAGCAAUUGCCUCUCAAUAA